CGAGACUACCCAGCACGUCGAUCUCCCAAAUAUGGAAAUGACUCAAUCUCCGACAUGUCCAGAACAACAACUGGGAGCUUCCGUCUGUUCUUGCAUAGCCUUGAUUUCAAUCUUGUCCUUGUCCUCGCCCCAUACUUGGGUCCUUGCUCUGAAUGGACUCCACGCACACAGCCGAUGAUGCUUCUAGUACGGAGCCUGUGAAGCUGGACAAAGACGUUCUUGCGCGCUGCGCUAGACACGCACGGAGAGAAGGCAUCGUAGCAGGGCUCACAUCAGGUUUUGUGGGAGCUAUGAUAGGAAGCCGGGUGCUACGCUUCGACAGAAACAUAACUUUAUUAAGUGGAAUUUUGACAGGCAUCCUUUCCGGAUAUUUCUUCACACAAGCCUUCCUCGGGACCCGAAUCGCCGAGGCUGUGGUCCGGGAAACCCAGUUACGCCGAAGGGCAACAUCAUCCGAUUUGAUACCUGACGAGCCACUGUAAGAUGCCGCCGCAGACAGAUUCACGUAAUCACCGUUCUUCAAAUUCAGACUGUCUUUCACUGGCUGUGUAACAGGGUGACAAUGUAUAGCAGCGAUCAUAACAACUACAAACAAAAGCACGCUUUUGGUACUGCUGUGCCUAGAAUAAGAGGUCAUUCACA